GCAUUAUUGACUGGAUCACUGGCUGGCACAAUCUGUAACGCAGUUAAAGCUACGAAACUUUCUACGUAAAAAGUUCGCGUGAGUGGCGAACUGCGUAUUGAGAACAUUUACUGCUGAAACGCUGAUACAAGACUAGGUAUGACAUCGGCCAGCUUAUCCCGGAGGUUCAUAAGCACAAUCUUGCUCCUAUGUAUCGGACUAUUUCGGGCUGCGUUGUUGGGGAUUUUCAUCGGAGCACAAGUCCUCUUCAAGGGCAGGCGGGUCCUGCAACCCAAGGAACGCAGCGAGGAGCCCGAGUGCCUGCGGGAUCCGGAGUUGGGAUCGCACGAAUUUGUCACGCUUGAGGACGUGACACUGCACUACGUGUCAGCCGGAAGCCGAGACAAGCCUCUGGUCCUGUUACUGCAUGGUUUCCCGGACUUCUGGUUCUCCUGGAAGUACCAGAUAUUGGACCUCAAGAAGGACUUCUGGGUCGUGGUACCUGACCUCCGCGGUUAUGGACAGUCGUCAAAGCCUGCGAGCGUCGAUGAUUAUCAGGCCUCCAAGCUCGUCGAGGACGUCCACGGACUCGUCAAGUCACUCGGGCGGCAAAAGGUGACGGUUAUCGGCCACGACUGGGGCGCGCCGAUUGCCUGGAGUUUCGCCACAAAACACGAGGACCUGGUGGAAAAGCUAAUCAUCAUCAACGGCCCGCAUCCUGUGGCCAUGCAGCGUCAGCUUCACAACAGUCUUGACCAGAUCUUCAAAUCGUGGUACAUCGUAGCAUUCCAGUUACCUUGUGUGGCGGAGGCGUCCUUGAGCCUCAAUGACAUGCAGGCCCUAGACAAACUGCACGCUGUCUACAACGAUGAAGAGCGGGAGGCCUUCAAGUACACCUUCGGAAAGCCAGGUGCCCUGACCGGUCCGAUCAACUACUACCGGGCGUCUUUCCGGAGGCCGUCGAAAGGUGGCCUCAAGUUCCGGCGGCUGGCCGUCCCCGUACUCAUAGUGUGGGGGCGCCGGGACAUGGCACUUACCGAAGGGAUCGCUGUGCUUAACUUGGACUAUGCCAGUGGGGGCCGCGUUGAGUAUGUGUCCGAUGCGGGUCACUGGGUGCAGCGGGAGCGGCCGGAGAUUGUCAACGGACACAUCAGACGCUUCCUAUUAGAAGAGAAAUAAACGAUGUUCUUUUUGCUCA